UGUCUAUAGUUACUUAAUCAAAAUGGCGACCGGCGGUAGGAGUUUUAUAAAAGCCUCGGAUAUUAUACAUGAUUUUUCUUGCUCUCCAUGCUCAGAACAGGGUAAAAAUUCAGAAGCAAUAUACAGAUGUGUCGAGUGUAAAACCUUCCUCUGUGCAAAUUGUCGAUAUGGACACAAUCGGUUUGUCAUAGGUCAUAAGGUAGUUGAUGUCCGCGCAAAGGAUAUUGGAGGAAGUUUGAUUCAUUUAAAAGGUUAUAAGUGCAAGGAACAUCAGGACAAGAUGAUUGAAAUGUACUGCAAGACACAUGAUGAAGUAUACUGUCCUAUUUGUAUACUGAAACACGGAUCAUGUACAGGAGUGGAAUACAUUCCAAAUGUUGCUAAAAUACUUCUAAAAAGUCAAGACAAAGAAAGUGUUGAAACAGAAUUGAAACAACAAAUCAUUGAUUUGCAAAAACUAAAGCACGAUCGACUCGAAUAUUUGUGCAAACUGGCAGAAGACAAAAAUGAAACAAGAAGAAACAUUAAGAGUUUUAAUGAAGAGUUUAUCAAAAAAGCUGAAGAAUUGGAAAAGUCUUUACUUCUAGAAGUUGAGAAUAAAUACAAGGCGAUUACAGACGAUGUAAUUCUUGAUAUGAAGAGGAUUGAUCAACUGAUUGAUGAUGUCGAUAAAUAUCUUUCCAAGAUUGUUGCAGGCAAAUAUGAUGAUGUCAAGGAUGAAGUUGUUACGUUUAGAUUGUCGGAACAUCAAGUUAUUGCAGCUAAUAAACAAAUACUAGACCUUGCGCUGAAAAAAGAAGAAAGGGUUGAUUUUCAAUGUAGUACUUCGUUUAAAAAAUGUUUCGGCGAACACCGUCUUGGAAAUUUGAACAUUUCUAGCAGAAGUCGAAAUACUGUUAACCUUUACGCUGCUAAUGAAUAUGAAAGAGGAGAAUAUUCAUUUUUCAAAAGGACAAUAGAGAAGUACAUACAGCCUCGUCUUACUGAAAGUGGGAUACAUUCAAAAGUAAUUGAUGAUCUUGGAGUCGUCAAUGCUGGUGAUCUCUGUGUUUGUGUUGUCACAUUUAUUCCAGAUUUUGAGAAGCUUGUCAAGGACUUAAAAAAGGGCAAAGUCAAAAAUAGUCGAAAAUACAAAGUUUUAGUUGUGUGUACAGUGGCGAGAGAAAUAGUGAGAAUUUUUGAUAGUACUUCUUUAACUCAUAAUACUGCUCAAAAAAUGUGCACAGACAAUAACUUACCUUACAUAUCUGUUUACAAUCCGUUUGUUGAUUCAUCGGAGGAUCUUGUUCAAAUGAUCAGAAAAACUGUAGACGAAUAAUUUAACGAGACAGAACUUACAUUUACAAGAGAUUCAUAUACAUUGGCUAUGUUAUCUGGACACAUGGGAUAUAAACUUUACAACAAUUUACAGAAUGUGCAAAUAGCAUCUAUCCAAAAAAGACAAGAACAUAAAGCUACGACAUUACUUAUUUUAAGAAGCGUUGGUAAUUAUAGAAAAUCGGAACAUUGAAAGUGGCCUUUAUUGCAAAGAAACUUAAAAUCACAUACAUCUGCCCAUAGUUUCAGACCACCCCAGAAAUAAAAAGCAAUCUAUACCGCUUCAAAAGAAUAUGCAGUAUUGACAAAAAAUUUACAA